UUAAGAAGAGGGGAGAUGGGAGCUAAACUGACCCACUCCCAGCAGGACGUUUAUAUUUAAAUCAAAUCAGCUCUUGUUCGGGGAAAUUGCUGUUUUUCAAGGGGGGAGCUGAAGCAUUUAUUUCACUGGCUGUUUAAACACUUUCCUUACAUUUCGCGGGAUUCACUCCUUUCUAAAGACUUUUGGGAUCAAGUUAAGACAAAGUUGGGUGUUCUACAAUCGAGAGGGGACUUACCAGUGGGAAAGUUUUAUCCUUUAUUUGCAACGAUUGUUAAAUGCGUUAAAGACAUUGAGGAGUGUUCGGGAAAUGGUAUCCCCAGUUUAAGAACCCCCUCGCCGUGUUUCUCUCCCUGUAUUCCUGACUCCCUUUCCCUGCCUUGGAGGGAAUCGAGGGACGGAUCUCGCCCAGGGGCGUGAGGCUGCUGCCGUCUUCCUGGCGCUUCCCCUUCCCAGGGUGGCACCAGUCACGCUGUCCCCAGCUCUUCCCCAAAUCUCCCGCCUGUGCCCACUUUCCAAGCUAUGUCCGAACCUGGCGUCAGCCAUGAGGUGCCGGAUAUUUCACAAUCUCGCGCCCCCCCUCCGCCCUCUCCUGUACACGUCAUCACGCACGACGCGUCCCCCAUCCCCGCUGCCGCCCCUGGCCAGCCCCUCCCCCCCAGCUCCCUCACCCCAAAGUGGGAGCGGCCCCGGCUCGGUGGGAGAGGCCCUGGCUCCCGCCGGGCCGCAGCGGCAGAGCGGGGCAGCCUGCUGCAUUCUGCAUCGGGAUGUGCCCCCCGCUCCAGCACAGCACUCCUGGUCCUCCGCGACUCCCGCCCCCAGCCUGGUUUGGGCAGUGACGGUAUCCAAAAGCUGUCACGCUUUCCCCCCGCUGCUCAGCUCCAGGCUGCCACGACUUGCCCGAGGGAAAACUGGUCCUCCUUUCCAGAAGAUGACAGCAGCAUCACAGACUCUGAAUCAGAGCCUGACUAUCGCUGGACACAAACACAGAGAGAAGCCACCCGGGAGGGAGACUGGGAAUUGGCCCAAAAGAUUUCAACCUUCCCAGUCGUUUUAACAAAAGGGAGGCGGGGGGCACCCACAAUUAAAAGAAUACGGGAGCCAAUUCCCUACAGAGAAAUCAAAGAGCUUUGCAAGGUUGCUAAGGAAUAUGGGCAGGAGUCGCCCUACUUUAAAAACUUGCUCCAGGUCACUCUCUCCACUUUCACCCUAGUGCCCCGUGACAUUAAAAACAUUAUGUCAUGUCUCCUCUCCCCCAUGGAACAUAUGCUGUGGGAAUGGAUAUGGAUAUGGAAAAGACAAGACAGCUUCUACAAACAUAUCAAAGAGACCGUACUAGAGCUCAUUUGACAGCCGAGCAUCUGAGCGGAGAACGUGACUUUGAGCGCCCCCAGGACCAGGCUCAAAUCAGCCCCGAGGCUGUCCUAGGAGACAUUAAAAGAGCAGCAGAGGCAGCACUGCUCCAGGUCGCAGAUGAUACCACUCCCACCCUGAACUUUUCAGAUAUUAGACAAGGCACAGAAGAGUCUUAUUAAAUUCAUUGAUUGUCCAAAGAGCUCUACUGAGACGCAGUCGAGAAUGCAGAAGCCCACAAAGAGAUUUUAUGUAGUCUGGUAAUGACCAACUCAAAUUUAGAGUGUAAGAAAAUUUUAAGGGCCCUCCCUUUUUACCCUAAGCCUACAAUAGACCAAAUGAUUGAAGUCUGUGCCAAACUGGCAUCACUGAACACAUAAUAGCAACAGUGGUCUCAAGAGGGGUGGCUGAAGCCCUAGUGGCAUCAUCAAGAGAUAAGCAGAGAUGUUUUAACUGUAGAAAGCCUGGACAUUUUAUAAAAGACUGCCUAAAACACCGUGUAGCCAAAGACUCCCAUUGAUCUGUAGGGUGCCCACACCACCACCAGCAGCAUUCAAGAAAUGCCCAGCAGAGCUCGGGACAGCCUUGCGUUACACCUUUUCUGGAGCAGUGUUUGCCUCAGCCCACGCAAGAGAGAAGGCCAAAGAUACCAUCUGACACUUCCUCCUGGCAUUUUCCACCCUGGGCAUCCCUGCAAGCCCAAAGCAGCUUCCAAGAAAGAACAUCAAGCCUUACACCAGCCCAGCAAACACUGCCCCCAUGGACACAACCACACCUGAAACCGACAGAGAACAAUCUAAACACCAAAGAAAUGCAGCGCAGAGACAGUGCAGAUCUCCAUUAUAUACAUCGACCUACCAUCCUGUCACCAGAACUUCAACCAGGACAUCGACCAGAAGCAGCUACCUGGGCCUGUACCAACACUUAACACUAUGAUGCCCAGCACCUGCCUCGCCACCUUUCUGGAUGCUCCUGACAGUAUUGGCCGUGAAUGGUUGGUAGUGCAGCCCAAAGAGAACAUAUAGUGGAAGCAUCCAUACCAGCAUCCAAAAGAUGAAAGACUUAGAAAGAAAAACCACCUGUGUGGUUUGAAGACUUGCUGAGACACUGGGGACUCGCUAAGUGCUUAGCUUCCCUGUUC